AUGCCGCUGGCCCGCAGUGUGUCCGUGAGUUCCCUGCCGGGGCUGGAGGACUGGGGGGGUCCCGGCGCCCCCGAUAACGUCGUGCUCUUUGAGGUGGCCUGGGAGGUGGCCAACAAAGUGGGGGGGAUCUACACGGUGCUGCAGACGAAGGCUCGGGUGACGGCCGAUGAGUGGGGUGAGAGCUACGUGCUGGUGGGGCCCUACGUGGAGAGCAGCGUCCGCACCCAGGUGGAGCUGCUGGAGCCCCCCCAGCCCGCCCUGCGCCGCACCUUGGCUGCCAUGAACGCCCAGGGCUGCAAGGUGCAUUUUGGGCGCUGGCUGAUCGAGGGCAGCCCGGCCGUGGUGCUGCUCGACGUCGGGGCCACGGCCUGGAGCCUCGAGCGCUGGAAGGGCGAGCUCUGGGAGAGCUGCGCCAUCGGCGUGCCCUGGUACGACCGCGAGGCCAACGACGCCGUCCUCUUCGGCUUCCUCGUCGCCUGGUUCCUUGGAGAGUUUGCGGCGCAGAGCGAGGAGCGGCCGUUCAUCGUGGGCCAUUUCCACGAGUGGCUGGCAGGGCUGGGGCUGGUGCUGAGCCGCGCCCGCCGCUUGCCCGUGGCCACCAUCUUCACCACGCACGCCACCCUGCUGGGCCGGUACCUGUGCGCCGGGAGCGUGGACUUCUACAACAACCUGCACAGCUUCGACGUGGACAAGGAGGCAGGUGAGCGCCAGAUCUACCACCGGUACUGCCUGGAGCGCGCGGCCGCGCACUGCGCCCACGUGCUCACCACCGUGUCCCACGUCACCGCCGCCGAGGCCGAGCACCUGCUCAAGCGCAAGCCAGACCUGGUGACCCCCAACGGGCUGAACGUGCGCAAGUUCUCGGCCAUGCACGAGUUCCAGAACCUGCACGCCCAGAGCAAGGCCCGGGUCCAGGAGUUCGUCCGGGGACACUUCUACGGACACCUGGAUUUCGACCUGGACAAGACUCUUUUCUUUUUCAUCGCCGGCCGCUACGAGUUCUCCAACAAAGGCGCCGACAUCUUCCUGGAGGCGCUGGCCAGGCUCAACUACCUGCUGAGGGUGAAUGGCAGCGAGGUGACCGUGGUGGCAUUUUUCAUCAUGCCAGCCAGGACCAACAACUUCAACGUGGAGUCGCUCAAGGGCCAGGCUGUGCGCAAGCAGCUCUGGGACACGGCGAACGCCGUGAAGGAGAAAUUUGGGAAGAAACUCUACGAGUCUCUGCUGGUGGGGAACCUCCCGGACAUGAACAAGAUGCUGGACAGGGAGGAUUUCACCAUGAUGAAAAGGGCGAUCUUCGCCACGCAGCGCCAGUCGUUCCCCCCCGUGUGCACCCACAACAUGCUGGACGACGCCACCGACCCCAUCCUGACCACGAUCCGCAGGAUCGGCCUCUUCAACAGCAGCAACGACAGGGUCAAGAUCAUCUUCCACCCCGAGUUCCUGUCCUCCACCAGCCCCCUCCUGCCCGUGGACUACGAGGAAUUUGUCCGGGGUUGCCACCUGGGGGUCUUCCCUCCUACUACGAACCCGGGCUACACCCCAGCCGAGUGCACGGUCAUGGGCAUCCCCAGUGUCUCCACCAACCUGUCGGGGUUCGGCUGCUUCAUGGAGGAGCACAUCGCUGACCCCUCGGCCUAUGGGAUCUACAUCGUGGACCGGCGGUUCCGAGCCCCGGAGGAGUCGUGCGCUCAGCUCACGGCGUUCCUGUACGGCUUCUGCCAGCAGAGCCGGCGGCAGCGCAUCGUGCAGCGCAACCGCACCGAGCGCCUGUCCGACCUGCUGGACUGGAAAUACCUGGGCAGGGUGAGGGGGGGCCCGGGGGGCGCCUGGGGGUCACUGGGAGUCAUUCUGGGGGCCGGGCGCCCCUCGGGAUCGGAGAAUUUGCUCCAGACCUUCAAGAGGACGGAUGACUCCAAGGAUGAAUCGGCCGGAGAGCUCGACUUCAGUGGGCUCCUGAAAAAGAGGGAGGAGCAGGCGGAGGAGGUGAGGAAGAAGAAGAAGGACGAUGAAGAAGACACGAUCCCGCCCGAGAUCUGGGAGCUGCUCAAAGGCGUCACCAAGAAGAGCGAGUACGAGAGAAUCGCCUUCCAGUACGGCAUCACCGACCUGCGCGGCAUGCUGAAACGGCUCAAGAAGAUCAAGGUGGAGCCCAAGAAGAGCGAAGCCUUCAUCCGGAAGUUGGACCCCGCCUACCAGGUGGACAAAGGGAACAAGAUCCGGCUGAUGGUGGAGCUCAGCAACCCCGACCUGCCCCUCAAGUGGUACAAGAACGGGCAGCUCAUCAAACCCAGCAACAAGUACGUGUUCGAGAACGUGGGCCUCAAGCGCAUCCUGACCAUCAACAAGUGCUCGCUGGCCGACGACGCCGCGUACGAGUGCCGGGUGAACGACGAGAAAUGCUUCACCGAGGUCUUCGUCAAGGAGCCGCCGGUGACCAUCGUGAAGGGCCCCGAGGACCAGCAGGUGGUGGUGGGGGAGCGCGUGGUGCUGGAGGCCGAGGUGUCCGAGGAGGGGGCGCAGGUCAUGUGGACGAAGGACGGCGUGGAGCUGACCCGCGAGGAGACGUUCAAGUACCGCUUCAAGAAGGACGGACGGAAACAUUUCCUGAUCCUGAACGAGGCCACGCGGGACGACACCGGGCGCUACCGAAUCCUGACCAACGGAGGGGAGGCGGAGGCCGAGGUCAUCGUGGAAGAGAAGCAGCUGGAGGUGCUGCAGGGCAUCGCGGACCUGACGGUGCAGGCGGCCGAGCAGGCCGUGUUCAAGUGCGAGGUUUCGGACGAGAAGGUCACCGGGCGCUGGUUCAAGAACGGCGUCGAGGUCCGGCCCAGCAAACGCAUCCACAUCUCCCACACCGGCAGGAUCCACAAGCUGGUGAUCGAUGACGUGCGCCCCGAGGAUGAGGGCGAUUACACCUUCGUACCUGACGGCUUCGCCCUCACCCUGUCAGCCAAGCUCAACUUCCUCGAGAUCAAGGUGGAGUACGUGCCCAAACAAGAGCCCCCCAAAAUCCACCUGGACUGCUCGGGGCGGGACACGGAGAACACGCUGGUGGUGGUGGCAGGGAACAAACUGCGGCUGGACGUGCCCAUCUCGGGAGAGCCGCUGCCCACCGUCACCUGGACCAAGGACGGGCAGGAGUUCACGGUGAAGGAGGGCCGGGUGCGGCUGGAGGAGAAGCACGAGCUCAGCAGUUUGGUGAUCGAGAGCGCCGAGCGCGGCGACGAGGGGCGGUACCAGAUCCGCGUCACCAACCCCGCGGGGGAGGACACGGCCGCCAUCACCAUCCGCGUCGUGGACGUCCCCGAUCCCCCCGAGGCCGUCCGGGUCACCUCGGUGGGCGAGGACUGGGCUGUGCUGGUCUGGGAGCCCCCCAAGUUCGACGGGGGGCAGCCGGUCACAGGUUACCUGGUGGAGAGGAAGAAGAAGGGCUCCAUGCGGUGGAUGAAGCUCAACUUCGAGGUGUUACCUGCGCUCACCUUCGAGUCCACGCGCAUGAUCGAGGGCGUGCUCUACGAGAUGAGGGUGUUCGCCGUCAACGCCAUCGGGGUCUCGGCCCCCAGCCUCAACACCCCCCCCUUCAUGCCCAUCGCCCCCACGAGCGAACCCACCCACCUGGUGCUGGAGGACGUGACGGACACGACGGCGACCCUGAAGUGGCGCCCACCUGAGCGCCUGGGGGCGGGGGGCAUCGACGGUUACCUGGUGGAGUGGUGCCGGGAAGGGGACUCCACCUGGACCCCCGCGAACACGGAGCUCGUGGAGCGCUGCGGGCUCACGGUGCGGGGGCUGCCCACGGGAGAGAAGCUCCUGUUCCGAGUGGUGGGAGUGAACAUCGCGGGCCGCAGCCCCCCGGCCACCAUGGCCCAGCCCGUGACCAUCCGAGAGAUCGUCGAGCGCCCCAAAAUUCGGCUGCCCCGGCACCUGCGGCAAACGUACGUGAGGAAGGUGGGGGAGCAGGUGAACCUGGUGAUCCCGUUCCAGGGCAAGCCCCGCCCCCAGGUGACGUGGACGAAGGAGGGCGCGCCGCUGGGCGAGGACGUGCACGUGCGCACGUCGGACCGCGACACGGUGUUCUUCAUCCGCGCCGCCGCCAGGGGGCACUCGGGGCGCUACGGGCUCAGCGUGCGCAUCGAGGGCAUGGAGGACACGGCCGAGAUGCGCCUGCGCAUCGUCGAGAAGCCGGGACCCCCCCGGAAGGUGCAGGUGAAGGAAGUUUGGGGGUUCAACGCCCUGGUGGAGUGGGAGCCCCCCGAGGACGACGGCAACGCCGAAAUCACCGGGUACACCAUCAUGAAGGCCGACAAGAGAACCAUGGAGUGGUUCACGGUGUACGAACACAACCGGCCCCUGCGCUGCACGGCCUCGGAGCUGGUGAUGGGCAACGAGUACCUGUUCAAGGUGUUCAGCGAGAACCUGUGCGGGCUGAGCGAGAAACCCGCGCUGUCCUGCAACACCGCUGUCAUCCCCAAAGCGGAGCUGAGGCUGAAGCCCCCCCAGUACCAGGAGCACGAUUUUCGCUCGGCCCCCCAAUUUUUGACACCCCUGGUGGACAGGAGCGCCGUGGCCGGAUACUCCACCGCCCUCAACUGCGCCGUGAGGGGGCACCCCAAGCCUAAGGUGGUUUGGCUGAAGAACCAGGUGGCCAUUGGAGAGGACCCCAAAUUCCUUGCCCGGCAUAGCCAGGGGGUCUUGACCCUCCUCAUCCGCAAGCCGGGACCCUUCGAUGGUGGCACCUACACCUGCCGUGCCAUCAACGAGCUGGGGGAAGCCCUGACCGAGUGUCGGCUGGAGAUUCGGGGUGAGCCCCCCCCCCCCCCCCAAAAAAAAAAAAAAUAAUCAGGGAACCCCAAAAAUCGGGGCGAUCCCCCUCAAAAAAAACAAACAAACAAAAAAAACCAACAACAACAAAAAAAUCUGUGGGCAUGUUGUGGAUACCUGAGGGAGAAAUGGAAAGCUUGAGGGGGAUAAAGGGGUGGCCCAAAAUUUAUUUUGGGGGGAGCUCCUCAAGAUUUGACGGCGUCCCCAAAUUUUUUUUUUGUUUGUUUGGUUUUUUUUGAGGAUUUCUCUCCCUUCAACACAUUUCUCUUCUCUCCGCAGUGCCCCAGUG